AUGAUCGGCUUAGCGGUAUUGCUCGAUGAAGUGCUCGUAUUGCUCGAUGAAGUGGAUAUUGCCCGCGCGGUACCCAAUCUCGCGCGCCUCUUCCAUGACUUUGCCCCUGCGGCGGUACUCCAAGAUAUUCUCGGUCUGCUCGUUGACGAGGCUUUGCAGCAAUUGCACGGCCCACUGGUAGAGGGCUCCAAGUUCCGGUCCGGUUCUAUCCCAGUAGUAGUACCACCGGAUGAGGACUUCGAGCGUCUUCAGGGCCUUUGGCCAGUCUUCGUCCCUCUCCGCCUUGGAGAUGACGCCGCGCAGUUCUUGUUCCAUGGCCUUUCUGUACUCCGGGCUGCGGUGGUCGGGCGAGAACGCGGGCUCCUCGGUUUCCACGCCAGUCAUGUACUGAAACACGUCCACGCGAGCGUUUCUGGGCAUGGUGGCUGUGUUGCGGAGAUUGUUAGUCGAGUCUUGGUAUCGGAGACAAGUGCGCUGAUCGAUCAAUGUCGGAGUUCUUUGGCUGCGAGUCUUGGUAUCGGAGACAAGAGCGCUGAUCGAUCAAUGUCGGAGUUCUUUGGCUGCGAAUAG